AUCCACAUCCCUCUCUCAUUUUUCUAUUUAUAUUCAGACCAUAAAAAACUGUCAUCUCUCUCUCUAGAAUCUAGAGAGAGAAUCCUUAAAUCACAUAAGGGAAAUCAUGGCGGACGUUAUGAUGAUGAAUGACAUAGAUGAGCGUGCUGCGGCAGCCGGAAUCGAUCUCUCGCAGCUCGAUCUCAGCUCCAUUCAUCUUCCUCCUGGUGAAAAUUUCGGAAUCAUCAGUGAUGAUGAAGAUGUUCACCAACGAGAGCAGCUGGAUUUUGAAGCUGGAUUUAAUAAUAUUAUUGUUGUUGAUAAUCUUCCAGUUGUUCCCAAGGAAAAAUUCGAGAAGCUUGAAGGUGUUAUUCGAAAAAUUUAUAGUCAGAUUGGUGUAAUUAAGGAGGAUGGACUUUGGAUGCCUGUUGAUCCUGAAACACAAAAAACAUUAGGUUACUGCUUCAUUGAGUAUAACACACCUCAGGAGGCUGAGUUAGCCAAGGAGAAGACAAAUGGUUACAAGUUGGACAGAGCACAUAUUUUUGCUGUCAAUAUGUUCGAGGAUUUUGAUAGAUUUAUGAGAGUUCCAGAUGAGUGGGCUCCUCCUGAAUUCAGGCCUUAUGUUCCUGGGGAAAAUCUUCAGCAUUGGCUUACUGAUGAAAAAGCACGAGACCAGUUUGUAAUUCGGGCUGGCUCGGAUACCGAGGUUUUCUGGAAUGACGCAAGACAGUUGAAGCCUGAUCCUGUUUACAAGCGUGCUUAUUGGACAGAGAGUUUUGUGCAGUGGUCCCCACUUGGGACUUACUUGGCAACAGUUCACAGGCAGGGUGCUGCUGUCUGGGGUGGUGCAAGUGCCUUUAAUAGGCUUAUGCGUUAUGCUCAUCCCCAGGUUAAACUGAUCGACUUUUCACCUGGUGAGAAAUAUUUGGUUACCUACAGCAGCCAUGAACCUAGCAAUCCUCAUGAUGCAAAUAGGAUUGUAAUAAAUAUUUUUGAUGUAAGAACUGGCAAAGUGAUGAGAGAUUUCAAGGGAAGUGCUGAUGAAUUUGCCAUUGGAGGAACUGGUGGUGUUGCAGGAGUAUCCUGGCCCAUAUUUAGGUGGGGUGGUGGAAAAGAUGACAAGUACUUUGCCAGAAUUGGGAAAAAUAUGAUAUCUGUCUAUGAAACUGAGACCUUCAGUCUUAUUGACAAGAAGUCUAUGAAGGUUGAAAACAUUAUGGAUUUCAGUUGGUCACCAACUGAUCCCAUUCUUGCACUCUUUGUUCCUGAGCUUGCUGGAGGAAACCAACCUGCUAGGGUUUCCCUUGUUCAAAUUCCUAGUAAAGAGGAAAUGAGGCAGAAGAAUCUUUUUAGUGUUAAUGAUUGCAAAAUGUACUGGCAAAGCAAUGGGGACUAUCUUGCUGUAAAGGUUGAUCGCUACACCAAAUCAAGGAGGACCACAUACACAGGAUUUGAGCUUUUCCGAAUAAAAGAACGAGAUAUACCCAUCGAGGUAUUGGAGCUUGAUAACAAAAAUGAUAAAAUUAUUGCCUUUGCUUGGGAGCCAAAGGGUCACAGGUUUGCGGUUAUUCAUGGGGAUAGCCCAAGGCCUGAUGUAAGUUUUUACUCAAUGAGGACUGCCCAUAAUACUGGUCGAGUUUCAAAGCUCACUACUCUCAAAGGCAAACAAGCAAAUGCUCUUUUCUGGUCACCUGCUGGCCACUAUUUAAUACUUGCUGGACUUAAGGGUUUCAAUGGACAGUUAGAAUUUUAUAAUGUUGAUGAGCUGGAGACCAUGGCAACAACUGAACAUUUUAUGGCCACAGAUAUUGAUUGGGAUCCUACUGGAAGGUAUGUUGCAACUUCAGUGACUUCAGUUCACCAUGAAAUGGAAAAUGGAUUCAAUAUCUGGUCGUUCAAUGGCAAGCUACUUUAUCGAAUCCUCAAGGAUCAUUUCUUCCAGUUCCUGUGGCGCCCAAGGCCACCAUCCUUUUUGAGUCCUGAAAAGGAGGAAGAGAUAGCAAACAAUUUGAAGAAGUACAGUAAGAAAUAUGAGGCAGAGGAUCAGGAUGUUUCAUUGCAAUUGAGUGAGCAAGAUCGUGAGAAACGGAGAAUGUUGAAGGAUGAUUGGGAGAAGUGGGUCAAUGAGUGGAAACUACAGCAUGAAGAAGAAAAAUUGGAGAGGCAGAAAUUAAGGGAUGGAGAAGCCAGUGAUGAAGAAGAAGAGUACGAGGCUAAAGAAGUAGAAGUUGAGGAAUUGUUGGAUGUGUCAGAGGAGGUUCUUUCUUUUGAAUUUGGACAGGAGUAAGCUUAAGCAGUAUUAGAGAUAUACCCAGAGCUCAUACAGGUUAUAAAUCAACUUGGCACUGAAGUUGUUGUGGAGGUACACGAAAAGCUUGGCUUUAGGACCAUAAGUAAGUUCAGUGUUUGAGUUUUUCUGUUAGCGACUUAAUGGUUGGUGUUUUCUUUCAUCUAACAUCCCAGUGGAUCUGUAUUAGUUUCGUAAAUUUUGUUAGUCCUGAUAAGGAUAUCAUUUAUUUUAUGAUGCUUAUUCUUAUUUUGGAACUGACCUGCGAGGCCUAUUCAAUUUUGUCAGAUAAAUUUCAGUUUUUGAAUUUCA